AGGCGCUCACAGCGGCCGGCAGUGUCCGCGCGCCGCUCGUCGGUGCUGCCGCGUACUGCUUCGUCGACGUCACCUGGCUACUCCUGGCUGCUACUGAAGCCGACACACGCUAGGCCGACUACCCCGCGACGACGCCAUGUGGCGCGUCUCCUUGCUAGUGAUCCUCGCCGCCGUCGCCGCCACCACCGCAGGGGCGCGGCGCAACGUCCGGCGAACGAUGCCGAUGCUCGCGACCGAUCGCGCGCCGAGUCCUGUUUCGGCGCAGCAGCUCUACGAUAGACUCUUCAGCCUGUACCGCGGUCGCACCGCUGACUCCAGCGCCUCCCACCGAGCUCUUACACCUUUCCCCUACGAACUUACCCUCGGAGGCGGCGUGUCAGGUGUCAACGUGACCACGCUGCCGGUGCUGGUGCUGCCGCUGCCCGUGCUUGUCGGCCUGCCCUCGGCUAACAACGGCGAGUGCAACGCACAUGCGAACCGCAGCGAGGCGCAAACCGGCGCGCAAGAGCACGACGACGACUACAGAUACGACUUGGACACGCGCUACGGCGGCGCCGGCGGCACGCCGCCGGUCGAUAACUUGCCUGCGGUCGCAGUCACCUCGGAGCAGCUAGUGGAGCACUUCCGCGCGCAGACGUCUCUAGCGCCGCACCUGCCGCCCGCCGUCAUCGACGAGCUCGUGCCGCGCGUCGGAGCCAGCUUCGAAUACGGCGUCAGCGGCGGCUCCCGGCCCCCGCAAGAGCCGCGUCCCUUUGCCCCCCGAGUGUACCUGCCGCCCUCGCCCUCGCCGCGCACUCCCGCCGCGCCCCCGCCGCAGCCGCGCUUCAGGCGCUCGACGAUGCUGCGCGCCACGCUGUCCGUGCCGCGCGCCGACUACGCCGAGCCCUACACCGCCUGGUGGGACGCGGCCACGGGCGCGGCGCGCGUCGACUUCCACGGCGGCGCCACCUCCACCGUCCGCACCAUGCUGCCUGAUGGGCGCGUGCAGCGUGUCGAGAUGCGCUUGGACCGCACUGGCGCCGCGGACGUACGCCGCUGCGGCUUCGCGGAUCCUUCGCCCGUCUCCUCCGAAGAUCGCGCGCUUCCCGCUUUACCGGAUAUAGAACUGUUCACAUUUGCAGAGUACCGCGCUGAGGGCGAAAUCUGGCGGCUCGAGCUGAAGGGCGGCGCGGGAGAACUGGGUGCGGCGAGGGGGGAGGCGCUUACUUACCACCAUGAAUUGCAGCUGCGCCGGGACGACGCAGGAGAGGCCAUCCCCGUCAGGUACUCAGUAGUGGUGGACAGUUCGGUGCUCGGCGCCGGCUGCGACUCCUACGAACAUCGCUACGAAGAAGUGCGAGCGCAAGAAGUCGACCCGGCCAUCUUCUCCGCGGAUCUUGAUCUGCAGUGCGACGUUCGCGAGCGGGUAGACCCUCAAGACGCGGAACAGAUGGCACGGCUCGAGCCGCUGCGCGAGUUCACCAUGCAGCGACGUGACCCUCGAUACGACGACGGCCUGCAGCGGUUCGUCCGUGAGUUUGAGAGGCAGUACAAGGAUGACACCGAGGAGGCGGUGCGCAAAAACCUGUUCGUGCAGCAUUCGCGGUUCGUCAACUCCUGCAACCGCGAGGGUGCCACCUUCGAGGUGGAGGUGAACUUCCUCGGCGAUCGCCUCGACGUGGAGCUGGACGUGCUGCUGGGCACGCAGUUCAGCGACGCCGACGACGGCGCCGGCGACGACGCCGCCCCGACGUCCCGCAAGGCGCAGGACGGCGCGCAGGAGCUGCCGCGGGAGUUCGACUGGCGGCCGCGCGGCGCCGUCUCGCCGGUGCGCUAUCAGGGCUCAUGUUCCUCGUGCUGGGCGUUCGCGGUCGUCGGCUCCGUGGAGGGCGCGCUGUUUAUACGCACGCGCAGCCUCGUGCCGCUCUCCGUGCAGUGCCUCGUAGACUGCGCGCAUUCGCACGGCGCGAACGGCUGCCGCGGCACGUGGCCUAAACACGCGUACGACUACGUGCGCGACCGCGGUCUGCCGCACUACGACGAAUACACGGCGUACAGCGAGCGAGUGCUGCCGUGCCGCGCGCCUCCCGUGCCGCCCGUCACCCACAUCAGCGGACAUGUCAACGUUCAGCCCGGCGACCUCGACGCGCUCAAGGUGGCGAUUCGCCGGCACGCUCCCACCGUAGUCGUCGUCGAUGCUAAACCGAAAAGCUUCAUGUUCUACAAGAAAGGCGUUCUGAAAGACGAGCGAUGUGUGAAGGGGCCCAAGAAGAAGCUGAACCACGCCGUGCUGGCCGUGGGAUGGGGUGAACAGCGAGGCGAACCGCACUUCAUCCUGAAGAAUACCUACUCUGCGGCCUGGGGCGACGGAGGCUACAUCCGGCUGCACGGGCCGUCCAACACGUGCGGCGUCCUCUCCGUGCCGUCGUACGCGCGCCUGCGCCGCCGCGACGUGGACCGGCCGCCCUCCGGCGCGGGCGCCGCCGCAGACCUCGACUACUCCGACGAAGAAGAUCGACGGUGACCGAGCGAUCUCGUGUGACAUAUUAUAUUACAUUUCCUAGUCAAGAUCGUGUUAGUAUGUAUGUGUCCCGUUAACUAACUCCUGGAGUGGUAUCUACUCCAUUUCUUCGAUCUUAACGACUAUUGCUUUCAGAUUCUCCAUGAUGAAGUACGUACACCUACUUACUAGGGAUUUGUCGAACUAAAUAAAGUAAGGUAGUAGUGUAAUAUUACCAUUAGUACAGUACGCGCAGUGAACCUCUCGGUUCCCUCCAUUGAUCACGCCAUAUUUUCGCGCUAAACCACUAGCGCUAUACAGCUAGGUUGAAACUUUGAUAAAUGACGUUGUAGAUAACAG